UUAACCCAAAUUGAUUAAUCACUUUAGUGGUUUAUCCUAAAGGAUAGCAAUACACACAGAUUAAUCAUACGUGCCCACAAAUAGAUUUAAUUAGAUUUAAAUCCAACAUCUCAAAGCUGCAGCCAUCAUCUCAACCCCCUAGACUUUCCUUCUCCAAUGAAUAUUCUUCCUCUUAAGACUUGGUCCAAUUUCGACUUCCAACUGUUUUGACCUCACCAAGUUACAUCUCUCCAUAAGCACCCACAUAUUUCACCCAAACAUUCAAGCAAUUAAAAAAGAGAAAACACUCAUAUCUCCUCAUUUCCAAGUUUACAAUUCAAUUCCGAAGCUGAAGGUAUGGUUGAAGACGGAUUGAAGCUCUACGGAACAAAGCUUAGCCCAUUUGUGCUUCGUGUCGAAUGGGCUCUUGAGGUCAAAGGCAUCAAGUACGAAUAUGUCACCGAGGACCUCAAGAACAAGAGCCCCCAACUCCUGGAGUACAACCCUGUUUACAAAAUGGUUCCGGUUCUCGUCCACCACGAGAACCCAGUAUGUGAAUCAAUCAUGAUUCUGGAGUAUAUCGAGGAUGUGUGGAAGAAUCAUGGAUCCUCAAUUCUCCCCUCGGAUCCAUAUGAGAGGGCCGAGGCUCGGUUCUGGGCUAAAUUCUCUGAAGAAAAGCAGUGCCUGCAGGGAUGUUUCGAGGUGUUCUCAAAGACUGGUGAAGAGCAGCUCAAGGCCGUAAAGGAGCUUCAAGAGAGGCUUAAAACACUUGAAGAGUACCUUGAAGGCAAAAAAUUCUUCGGUGGUGAGACUAUCGGGCUGGUGGAUAUUGUUGCAGGCUGGAUUCCUUCUUGGAUUCCCAUCAUAGAAGAGAUCGUUGGCAUAAAGAUAGUAGAUGAAGAGGAGCUGCCAUUGAUAUAUGCAUGGAUGCAUGAUAUCUUGGAGUUGGACCUAGUGAAGAAGACCAUGCCUCCUUUGGAUGAAGUGAAGACUCACAUGAGAAACAUUAGAGAGGAUGUUCUGAGAAAAACCAAUUGAUAGGCUAUACUUUAUUCACCCCAACCGAAAGGACCUUGUUCUGUCCCGAAUAAUUGCCUUUCAAUCUUCUUUCAGUAAUUUCCACAGUAAUAAAAUGCAUUACCAUCUGUAUGGAAAAAUAAUGAAUGGUAUAAUUUGUACCUGAUAUCAGGAAUUUUAUGAAUCUCGCCUUCAGCAUCCAUGGGCUGAGCAGCCUGUGGUAUUUCAAUGGUUCAUUGCUGUAAAGGGUAGAUAUUGUUGAGUAAGAUUCUGCAAUCUGCUGAUAUGCCAUUCACAUCUUGCCAUUCA